CUUCAACCCACCCUCGAGACACUCACUAUGUAUCACUCAUCGACAUCCCAAGGCACCUAUCUAAUCACGCGAUCAUCUUAGCGUCCAGUGUUCUCUAGCAGCACCCCGCAUACACACCUGAAAAGGCUUACUCGCAGUUCAGCCCACCAGCUCGAAUCAACACUUGCAUUGCCAGCCAGGCCAGCCACCACGACCACGGGUGCAUACAAAAGGAGUCGUCGGGCCACUUGUCACAACUUUCCUACAAUUGCAAUUCCUUACCGCAAACCAAAGCCGCCGCGAAAAAAACAGAAAUAUGACAACCGCAAACGAUAUGAACCACCCCCGGCCGGUCCUGGCUGUUGCUGUAGGGAUCAUCGGCAUGGGCGACAUGGGGAAGCUUUACGCUCGCCGUAUUGCGGCGGCGGGUUGGCGUGUCAAUGCUUGCGAUCGCGCCGACAAGUACGAAGCGUUGAAGGAAGAGUUCGCAGAGAUUGAAAACGUCCAUGUGUACCCCAACGGCCAUCUCGUGUCGCGGCAGAGCGACUACAUAAUUUACUCGGUCGAGGCGGAGCUGAUUGAUGCUGUGGUUGCGCAGUAUGGGCCUUCUACGAAACUCGGUGCAAUUGUCGGUGGGCAGACUUCCUGUAAGGCGCCUGAGAUUGCUGCGUUCGAGAGACACCUGCCGCCGGACGUGGAGAUCAUUUCUUGUCACUCGCUACACGGACCGAAUGUUGAUGCUCGGGGCCAACCGCUGGUUCUGAUCAAGCACCGGGCCUCCGAUGCCUCAUUCGCGCUCGUAACGCAAAUCCUCUCCUGCUUCGAGUCCAAAUUCGUGCACCUCAGCGCGGAAGAGCACGACCGUAUCACGGCGGACACGCAAGCCGUCACACACGCCGCAUUCCUUUCCAUGGGCUCGGCGUGGACCGCAAACCACCAGUUCCCCUGGGAAGAAACGCGGUGGUCCGGCGGCAUCGAAAACGUCAAGAUCAACGUGACGCUGCGCAUCUACAGCAACAAGUGGCAUGUCUACGCCGGCCUGGCGAUUCUCAACCCGGCGGCGCAGCGGCAAAUCCGGCAGUACGCCGAGUCCGUUACAGAGCUGUUUAAGCUCAUACUCCAGGGGAGCCGCGACGAGUUUACGCAGCGCAUCACGACCGCGGGGAAAUUCGUGUUUGGAGGCCAGGAAGGCAAGGAUCUGCUGCUGAAAGAUGACCUGCUGGAACAGUUCUCGCUCAGUGGCGUCCCCAAAGCGGAGAGGAAACCGAAUUCGCAUUUGUCGCUGCUUGCUAUGGUGGAUUGUUGGCAUAAGUGCGGGAUAGUUCCCUACGACCACAUGAUCUGCUCCACACCGCUCUUCCGUCUCUGGCUCGGCGCAACAGAGUACCUCUUCCGGCAACCCGAGCUUCUAAACGACUGCAUCCGCUUCGCACUAGACGACGAAGGGUUCCGCAGCGACGACCUGGAGUUCACGUUCGCGGCGCGGGGCUGGAGCGAGGCCGUCUCGUUCAAGGACUUUAACGGCUACCGAAUGCGCUUCGAGAAGCCGCAGCAGUACUUUGCGCCCCGCUUCCCCGAGGCCAUCAAGCUCGGCAAUGACAUGAUCAAGAAGAUACUUAAUAGGACGAGGGAGCUGGAGUCGAGGUGAGGUGGGGUGGUGGAUGACGGCUACAUACAUACCUGGGUGUGAGGGGAUGACGGUACGGCUUGGUAAUAUAUGCUGCGUUCAAUGGGCUGUUUUGGUGCUGGAGCUAUCUUUGCGGUAACUUCGUGAGCGUGACGGAGGUGGGAAUCCUUCAUCGGAAGAGACGUGACGCUGUGCUGGUCUACCGAUGUACCAGGAGCUGCCAAUAAGUGGUGCCUCACCACCAUUACGAAUUA